AUGACUUCCAGCGUUGAUCAGCCCAACAUCCCAGCUACCUCCCAGCAUCUCUCAGGAUUCUCCCCACCAGCAAUCGAAUCACAUCUCCAUCUCCACGAAACUGUUACGUCCUCCCUUGACAGUGUAACUAACCCUCCACCUCGGCCACGUACCCCGCCUCAUCGACAGGUUCCGCCCAGGAAGCCUGUCAAGGGAAUCCUCAAGCCCCCGCGUCCUCCUCAGGCGAAAUUCAACUUCAAGCGUGAUAUACUCAAUCCUUUCAGCACUCGUCUUGGAUAUGCCACUGUCGAAGAGAGUCCUCUUAAUGCUGUCGUUGGAACUGGCACAGGCGCUGUAGGUCAAGGGGUUCAGGCAGCUGCGGGCUGGGUUGGUAGUGCGUUCAAGCGAUUAGGCGCCGUAGCAGCGGCUGAAAAAGCUAAGCUCGACGAUGCUCUUCAGUCUCAAACUUUGCUCCCACAACCUCGGCAAUCAUCUACGAGCAAGCCUUCUGACACAAAUGUUCACAAUGAGCACAAGUCAAUUCCUCCCGUCGAUCCUUCUCAAGACCGCCAAAGCUCCAUAUCUGUUGAGUCUAUUGACAACCUCCAACCUUCGAUCACUUGUCUCACUCCCGCAACAUUGCCUCUGGCCACCACCUCUGUUGAAUCCUCCAGUGUCACCAACUCCUCGCAAACGUUCGCAGUCUCUGUGGUGCCUCCUGUCCCGAAUCCUCAAGCUGUGCUGAGCGUCUCGACUCUCAAGAAAGUUCACUUUACCAUGUCAGAUCUGAAAAUAAUCUACCCAAUCAGCAACUCUCAGCCUCCUUCCUUCGAUCAAUUAAACAAGCUACGUAUCAACGAAGCUCGGAGGUUAUUAAUUUCCAAUCGACUUUCUCAGCCUGAUCGUCUUCCGGAUCAGCCCCCCAGUGGUCCGAGCUCACAUCUUCCUUCAAUUGACUUGAAAAAUGGUUGGAACGCCUCUAGCCUUGAGUCGCUAUACGACGAGUGUUGCAGAACCAGGGAAGAAGGUUGGGGUAUUGUGAAAUUACGGGAGAUCAUCAAACAGGCGGCACCCAGUCCGCCCAAAUCCAUAGAUCUCACUGGCAUACAGUUGAAUGGCUGCGGCUCGGUUGAACUUUUAGGUGAUUUGAUCAGCGUUGACUUCGGGCUAAACUCUCUAACGCUUGAAAGUUGUGGAUUGGAAGACGAUACCCUCAAACCGAUUUUGCAUGCCCUUCUGGUCAGCGGUAGCCUGCCAUCCCUCAAUCUUGCAAAUAAUAAAAAAAUUAGAGCAAAGGGAUGGAGGAUGGUGGCGGUGUUCUUGACCAAAGCGCGAGCAUUACGUAACCUGGAUCUUUCAGACAACUCUUUUGAUAAACGUUCAGUGGAGUACCUUGCACAAGCCCUUGCCGGCCAAAUUCGUAAAGAUGACUAUUACACACCCCAAACAGGCACUAACAAACCCUCAGGCAUGACUUCUACCCUCACCACAUACGAUCCGACCACCUCGCGGGCAAAUCAUCCUGCUACGCAAAUGAACCCCGAGUCUGAGAACUCUCAGAGAUGUACAACAGAUCAAGACUCGCACAGGACCGCAUUUUUGACUCAAACAGUUCCAUCUCUAGCCGACGAGGAGCAACCUUUGUUUCGGAAAGCACCUUUGUUGCGAGAUGAUUCACCUUCCCCCGCGUUUCAAGCACUUUCAGCGAUAUCUGUUGUCCCAAAAGCCGGUCCCUCUAAAUUGGUAUCACUGAGGCUCGACCGCUGCAACCUCAAGGUCCCACAUCUGGAUUUGUUGAGCCACAGCGUCAGGCUUUCGAAACUUAAACACAUAUCUUUGCGGCAAAACAAAAUAGGUCAUCUGGGAGCUGUUGCGUUGGCAGUAAUGAUUCGAGAUUGGCCUGUGCAGCCAAAUGGUUCGUCAAGUGGAACGCCUAUGAGUAAUUCAGAAAACGCACUCGAAAGUCUACUACGACAGGGGAUCCAUAGUACCGAAUAUGAAGCUGUUACUCCGAGACUAGCCCCGCCAUUUGAGAGUUCCAACUCUGUCACCGCCAGACAGACUAAUUUGCUCGACGAUCACCGCAUCUCGCUUAAACCUGCGUUUCAGCAACCAGAUAGCCAUUCCUCCGGGGCGCUGAGUGACUCGUCCGGGGCCGCUAAGCUAGGUCUACAUCAGCCAUCAAGUGGUAUCAGCUCCAUGAUCCAGCAAGAGGUGAAAAAGGCAAACGAGCAACGCAUCAAGCUGAAAUCCAAAAUUGACUCCCUUCCGAAGAUGGGGCAUCUCUUAACUUUGGAUGUAAAAUCAAACGAGUUGAAGAGUGCAGACGUAUUUUACCUUGCUCAAGUCCUGAAAAAGAAUCGAACGUUGAAGGUGCUCAAUCUAGCAGAUAACAAGAUAGAUUCAAUCGGCCUGGUUCACCUGUCAGAUGCACUGCGCUUCAAUACAUGUCUCGAAACCUUGGAUCUGAGCAAAAAUCCAUGCUGCGCGGGUGGCUUAGAAGGCAUGUUGGCGCUACGUACCACUUGUACUGUCAACACUACUUUGAAGCGACUGUUUUUGUCUGAAACAGAGUUGUCUUCGGAGGGAGCCAUUGCCUUGGCUGAAUUUCUCCCGGAAAUGCAAAGUCUAAUCCAUUUAGACCUAACUGAGAAUUAUUCAAUCGACAUUGCUGGAGUAAUGGCCUUGGCGGUCUCAGUCAAGAUGAAUACCAAUUUGCGGUGUUUGGACAUCAACAUUCCUCCAAAUGACCCCGAUUUUGCCCGACUGUCUCAAGAAAUCUUACAGUCUUGCGUUCGCAACACCGAAUUAGCUCAGCGACAAGCUCUUGAAAGGGGUCAAAUGACUUCCAUCUCUCAACCCAUGUUGAAGUCUACCGUAGUUCGAGAACUCACGACUCGUCAGCAGCAUCCUUCCUCAGAGUCUACUUCUGCCAUACAGCCAGCUGCAGUGAAGUCCGGGCGAGAACAAAGAAAAUCCGAGCCGCUGCCUUCCCUUGAACAUAUAUUGAUCUCGGCUGAGGCUACCUGUGUUGUUCUGUCCGAUCUGAUCAGGGAAGAUGAGAGAAGGAAAUUGAAUAUCCAACAAGAACGUCGAGCAGCAGUAGUUGAAUGCACAGACUUGGUUCGCGAGCUUCUCGAUCAAGCUAAGGCGAGCCGACUACAACUGCAAGAGGCUGUGACUGCGCUCAAUUCAGAGGAGUUGAAAAGCAGGGCUACCACAAUCGAAUUGCAGCUGAGCAAGACCUUGAGAUACGCCGACUCUAUCUAUCAAGGCGAGCCAGCUGUACGAGCACACGGUCACUCCUCAAGUCCAAAUAAAACUCAUGAUGCUCUACCAACUGGUAUGACAAGCGAAAUCAUCACUAGCAACUCUCCCACUGACAAUGCUUCGACGUCCGAACACAAACCUCACGAAGUAUCCAUUUCCGAGCCUGGACCUUCAAGAUCGUCAAGCACAGACGCGACGCACGGCUUGCAUUUAGAUCUCACAGGACUCUCCAACCCACUACCAAUUCAUGAAAGCGAAGAAAAUAUUGAUGACGAUACUGUAGAUGAUGAUAAACCAGGUAAUCAUGAGCAGUCUGAAGAUACGUACAUUAACCGAGCGCCUAGAUCGCCGGUCGAGAGCCAUAGUCGGUCAUUGACAUUGGAGGAAGGAGAAGUAUUUCGAAAAGGCACUGUGUUAAGGACAGCUGAUGUAGAUGAUGAAGAGACUCAAGAGCUUCCCGGUGAGAUCUUGAAGGAAAAUAUCUUAGUAAGGGUGGUUGAAAGGAGUCCGAGGGCAAUACCUGCGCCAAGUAACCCAGACCUGCCUGAUAUGGUCGCUGACCCUCAAGAGCCUCUGGAUGACGAAUGCAAAGAUCCGUGA